CGCGCUGCGUCGCCUGCGGGCAUGCGAAGAACAGGGCGCGGCGCUGCGCGCGAGGAGCACCCCGAAGGGCCGGGCGCCCCCGCGUCUGGGCACCACCGCCUCGGUGUGCCAGCUCCUGAAAGGCCUUCCCACCAGGACGCCCCUCAAUGGCUCCGGACCCCCGCGACGCGUCGGCGGCUAUGCCACCUCCCCAUCUUCCCCCAAGAAAGAGGCGAGCUCCGGGCGCAGCAGCCGUCGCUACUUGUCUCCUGAGCGCCUGGCCUCUGUGCGUCGCGAGGACCCCCGUAGCCGUACCACAUCUUCCAGUAGUAAUUGUAGCGCCAAAAAAGAAGGGAAAACCAAAGAAGUUAUCUUCAGCAUGGAGGAGGGAUCCGUAAAGAUGUUUCUGCGGGGACGCCCUGUGCCCAUGCUGAUCCCGGACGAGCUGGCGCCCGCCUAUACCCUGGACGCUCGCUCCGAGCUGCCCUCCAGCCGGCUGAAGCUAGACUGGGUUUACGGCUACCGAGGCCGGGACUGCAGGGCCAACCUUUACCUGCUGCCCACCGGGGAGGUGGUGUACUUUGUGGCCUCUGUGGCCGUCCUGUACAGUGUGGAGGAGCAGAGGCAACGACACUACCUGGGGCACAACGAUGACAUCAAAUGUCUGGCUGUCCAUCCGGAUAUGGUCACCAUUGCCACAGGACAGGUGGCAGGCACCACAAAGGAAGGAAAGCCUCUGCCACCUCAUGUGCGUGUGUGGGACUCAGUUUCCCUUUCCACCUUACAUGUCCUGGGCCUGGGGGUGUUUGACAGAGCUGUGUGCUGUGUGGCCUUCUCCAAGUCUAAUGGGGGCAACCUGCUGUGUGCGGUGGACGAAUCCAAUGAUCAUGUGCUCUCUGUGUGGGACUGGGCCAAGGAGAACAAAAUGGUGGAUAGCAAGUGCUCGAACGAGGCCGUGUUGGUGGCCGCCUUCCACCCCACUGAUCCCAGCCUGCUGAUAACCGGCGGCAAAUCCCACGUCUACUUCUGGACCCUGGAGGGGGGCAGUUUGAGCAAGCGGCAGGGCCUGUUCGAGAAACACGAGAAACCAAAGUAUGUGCUGUGUGUGACCUUCUUGGAAGGUGGCGACGUGGUCACUGGAGACUCUGGGGGGAACCUCUACAUCUGGGGCAAAGGUGGAAACCGCAUCACCCAGGAAGUUCACGGAGCCCACGAUGGGGGCGUGUUUGCUCUCUGCGCCCUGCGGGAUGGGACGCUGGUGUCUGGAGGGGGCCGCGAUCGCCGGGUGGUCCUCUGGGGUUCGGACUACAGCAAGGUGCAGGAGGUGGAGGUCCCGGAGGACUUUGGCCCUGUGCGCACUGUGGCAGAGGGCAGGGGAGACACACUGUACGUGGGGACCACCCGUAACUGCAUCUUGCUUGGCUCGGUGCACACAGGUUUCUCUCUGCUUGUCCAGGGCCAUGUGGAGGAGCUGUGGGGCCUGGCCACACACCCGAGCAGGGCACAGUUUGUGUCCUGUGGGCAGGAUAAGCUGGUGCACCUGUGGAGUUCGGAGACGCACCAGCCGGUGUGGAGCAGAAGCAUCGAGGACCCUGCCCGUUCGGCUGGCUUCCACCCCAGCGGCUCCGUGCUCGCGGUGGGCACAGUGACCGGCAGGUGGCUGCUACUGGACACGGACACCCGUGACCUGGUGGCUAUCCACACAGAUGGCAACGAGCAGAUCUCCGUGGUCAGCUUUUCACCAGACGGGGCGUACCUGGCUGUGGGCUCCCACGACAACUUGGUGUACGUGUACACGGUGGACCAGGGUGGCCGCAAGGUCAGCCGCCUGGGCAAGUGCUCGGGCCAUUCCAGUUUUAUAACCCACCUGGAUUGGGCCCAGGACAGCACCUGCUUUGUCACCAACUCUGGAGACUACGAGAUUCUGUACUGGGACCCCGCCACCUGUAAGCAGAUCACCAGUGCAGAAACCGUGAGAAAUGUGGAAUGGGCUACCGCUACUUGUGUCUUGGGUUUUGGAGUUUUCGGGAUCUGGCCCGAGGGGGCGGAUGGCACAGACAUCAAUGCUGUGGCCCGCUCUCAUGAUGGGAAGUUGCUGGUUUCUGCUGAUGACUUCGGCAAAGUGCACCUGUUCAGCUACCCCUGCUGUCAGCCCAGAGCCCUCAGCCACAAAUACGGUGGACACAGCAGCCAUGUGACUAAUGUGGCCUUCUUGUGGGAUGACAGCACGGUCCUAACCACUGGGGGCAAAGACACGAGUGUGCUGCAGUGGCGGGUGGCCUGAAGCGGGGUGUGGGGCCAGGUUAGAGUCCUGUGGCAGGGCUGAGAUCUAUUUUUGGGAGAUGUCUAUUGCGGAGUACAGUAAUAUAUACCCAGAGUAUGUCUAUAGCAGAGGGGUUAUGGGGCGGGCGGGCGAGCAGAUAGACAGAGGUCUCUAUUUAUCGGGGUGGGACGAAUGGGCCACCAUGCCUUGCGGGAGCCACUGGUGUUUGGUUUGGGGUAUUUUUUUUUUAAGUUUAUUCUUUUAUAUCAUUCAGAAUUACAGACUUAUGCACCGA